AGGCGGGGGGCAGGACAGAGUCUGGCCGUGGGCGGGGCGCACCCCACAUACACCUACCCGACUGUGGGGGCGGGAGUGGGCCUGGAAUAUGUACUUCGGGCUGCGGGCCGGCGGGCGGGGCGUGCCCCUGCGGCAGAAGGGGCAGAGCUUCUCUUAAUCAAUGACCGUGAAAUAGUCUACACGUCGCUCUUUGCUGGGUUGGGCUCUGGCAUCCUGGUUUCUGGGGGCCCGAGUGUGGGGAGAAGGCGCUCCCACUGAAUCCUUGCGGCGGGGUGUCUGGGAGCGGGCGGACCCGUUUCCCGAGCGCAGAGGCAACACGUAGCCAAACCCCUCCUGAGUUCGGAUUCUGGCUUUCAGUCUAUGGCAGGUGGGGCAGGGCUGAGGCUCUGUCCACCACCAUUGCAGGGUCGCUGGAGGGGUGCGCUCCAGACCCCUCCCUCGGCUCCCCCGUGAUGGGCAGAGACCUGCCAGCACAGCCAGGGGCUCCCUACCCCUCUCCCUGCCCCCGCACGACCUCUCCAGCGCCUAAGGAUUGAGUCUGUAAAGUCAGCCGUCAUGUUGGGUGUCCCCUGCUUCUGGGUGCCAAGCCACGCAGGGAAUGGGGGAGGGGGUGCUCCCUUCGCCACUCCUGCACAUCCCUGACCUUAUCCGCCUCUCGCCCCUGGGGAGAUUAGUGUCCAGGUUACCCCGCCAUGCCACCACCCCCUGGCCUUGCCGCCCCCACAGCCUACAGGUAUAAGACCAGGUAAACACAGUAGGGAGGCACCCAGGAUGGAGAUGCUCCAGGUAAGACUGGGAGUCCUGGGACUGGGUGAAGGCAGCCUCUUUCUAGAAGGUGUGGACAGCCAGCGGGCUUCCUGCUGGCAGCAGUGGGGCGGGGUCUGAGGGUGGGUCCCGGGGUCCCUGGGUAUCGGGGUGGGGAUCAGAGUGGAGGGGCUGGCCCUGAAUGUGUGUAAGCGGGGAACGGGAGGGUAGGGGCCCGGGCAGAGGUCUGGGGCUGGCCCUGAGGAAAUGGCCUUGUCCCAGGGGCUGCUGCUGUGGCUGCUGCUGAGCGUGGGUGGGGUGCGGGCAUCCAGGGGGCCACUGCGGCCACUGUGCCGGCCCGUCAAUGCCACGCUGGCUGCCGAGAACGAGGCCUGUCCGGUCUGCAUCACCUUCACCACCAGCAUCUGUGCCGGCUACUGCCCCAGCAUGGUGCGGGUGCUGCCGGCCCCUCUGCCGCCUGUGCCCCAGCCGGUGUGCACCUACCGUGAGCUGAGCUUUGCCUCCAUCCGGCUCCCCGGCUGCCCGCCUGGUGUGGACCCGAUGGUCUCCUUCCCUGUGGCCCUCAGCUGUCGCUGUGGGCCCUGCCGCCUCAGCAGCUCCGACUGUGGGGGUCCCAGAGCCCAACCCUUGGCCUGUGACCACCCCCCGCUCCCAGACCUCCUCUUCCUCUAAGGAUCCCCCCAACCUCACCCUCCCAUGCCCAUCCCCACCCCCACCCCCGGAGCCAGCAGCUGCUCCUCUCCUCGAAUAAAGGCUUC